UGGUUUAACCUGUGCAACGAUCAACAACUAUAUCGGCCAUGUUUUGAGGGAGGGAGAGAGAGAGAGUGUGUGUGUGUGUGUGUGUGUGUGUCUGUCUGUGUGAGACAAUUAUUGAAACACAUCAACAAAUAAUAAUGGCUGAUAAACUAAGAAAAUAUGAAAAAAUUGAUUUCCUGGGAGAAGGGCAGUUCGCUACGGUUUACAAGGCUAAAGACUCAGAAACUGGCCACAUCGUAGCUGUAAAAAAGAUCAAAGUGGGCAGUAGAGCUGAAGCUAGAGAUGGUAUUAAUCGCACUGCACUGAGGGAAAUCAAAUUACUGCAAGACUUAAAACAUGAAAAUAUUAUUGGAUUGCUGGAUGUAUUUGGUCACAAAUCCAAUGUAUCCCUGGUAUUUGAUUUUAUGGACACCGAUCUUGAAGUGAUAAUCAAGGAUAACAGUAUCGUAUUAACAACAGCAAACAUAAAAUCAUAUAUUAUCCAGACUCUGCAGGGACUGGAUUACCUUCACUUCAACUGGAUACUCCACAGGGAUUUGAAGCCAAACAAUCUCCUGGUGGACAGCAAGGGUGUUCUUAAGAUCGGUGAUUUUGGCUUGGCUAAAUUCUUUGGUUCUCCAAAUAGAAUAAACACUCAUCAGGUAGUAACAAGAUGGUACAGAUCACCAGAAUUACUGUAUGGGGCAAGAUUGUAUGGGACUGGAGUCGAUAUGUGGGCUGUGGGAUGUAUUCUUGCUGAAUUAUUACUUAGGGUUCCUUUUUUGCCUGGGGAGUCUGAUCUGGAUCAGCUGACGAGAAUUUUCCAGACACUGGGAACACCAACAGAAGAGACAUGGCGAGGAAUGAAAGAACUACCAGAUUUUAUUCAAUUCAAACCAUUUCCAGGCACUCCGUUGAAACACAUAUUCACAGCAGCUGGAGACGAUCUGCUUGACCUAAUAGCCCGUUUACUGAGUAUAAAUCCCCUGGACAGAUGUACUUGCGACCAGGCCCUACAGAUGCACUACUUCAGCAACAAACCAGCCCCCACUGUAGGUUCAAGAUUGCCCCUGCCCCACGCAAUAAAGAAACAGCCCGAGGAGAAACCCAGUCUCAAGAGGAAAUUAUUGGAAUCUGUGGAUGGAGGCAGUCUGGCCAAACGAUUACAAUUCUGAUGUUGGGAUACUAGAUUUCAAUUAGGUGUACGAGGAAUUAAUUGAGCAGUAAUGUGGCACGCUGAAUUACGAGGCGUAAAAGAGGAAAUUGAUAGUGGGAAUUGUUUUUGGAGUUAUUUUUCUAAAUAAGAUGAACUAAUUUAAUUCAUGUGAUACUGAGACAAAUGAUGAUUCAAUUAAAAAAUAGAGUUUGAAAUCAAUAAAGUUUUUAAAAUCAUU